GUAAGCUUGAUUUCACUUUCUGUUUUGUCACACAGCGCGUAGUUGUGUAGUUCCCUGCACGAGUUGUUUCGAUCGUAGCUGCGCCGGGUGUACUGUGCGUAAACUCUAUGCGUGUGUGCGGAAACAGAACAGAGAGCUCUUUAAUGAAGCGCCUAUACAAGAGGAGGAAAGUGCGCAAGAUCAGUUGGUGGUAGCACUACUGUCGUAAUCGGUGUCGUUUUUCCUGCUUGAGCGACAGCCAUGGACAAAAACGCGAAGAUACGGGACCUCCUGGCAGAGAUAUCGAAGUUCAACGCACAGACUGCCGGUCGGGACAAAUUGUUUCGGCUUCUGCAGUACAGUAGUCGCUUCUUGUGGUACUGGAUGCAGAAAACGUCAAGUCGUAGGGACACCGUGGCCCGCCUUCAAAACCUGGAGGUGACGUUCAGCUCGGGGCGAAGGCUGCUACGGCUUGGACGCUUUUUGGAUGCCCUCCACGGUGCAACACGCACAAUCAGCCUUCCGGAUGUGUCGCUGCGUCUCAGCCUGACCAUGGCCCGCAUCGGCAAUGCUUUUUACAUACUGACAGACAACCUGGUCUGGCUUCACCAGGUUGGCUUGUUGACAUUGCAGAGGGAUACCUGGAGCCGCACAAGCAAUAAGUUUUGGUUGCUGGCCAUUGUGGCCGCCCUGAUACGCGAUCUAACUGAGCUGUACCAGAUACUGCCCUUGCUGUUGGCUGCACCGUCCAAGGGUGCCAACCUUAGGACCUCGCUUCGCAUGCUGUGGGUGUCGGCAAGCUUCCACAAGGCACUUCUACUUGACCUGGUCAAGAACGUUGCAGACCUGUGGAUACCUUACACAGCUUUGGGCCAUGCCAAACUUGAACCUGGGACAAUCGGGCUGCUUGGUGUUAUUUCCAGUGCAGCUGCUAUUCUGCCCAUGCUGGACUCAACAUUCUCCCUCAGCCCAGCAUGAGUGAGUGUGUGUGGGACAGGUAUUCACUCGUGCAAAUGUAAGUGAAUAACGGUUGUGCUUCGCUUAGCGGAAUGUCUUCUGAAAAUGUUGAGCUUCAAGACAUCACUGGCAGAUGCCACUUGCAGCAUUGUGAGUGCCAGAUGGCAGCUGCUCUAUCGUGGUAUGAUCUUCAGAAUCCGAAGCUUUGCGAAAAUGCCAGAUUCACCUGGGUUCGUAGUAAUACACAAUCUAUUAUCUUAUUUCUUAGAAGUUGCUCACGAGCUAGCACUGUCAGAUGGAAUGAACUUUUUAAUGUUACGCGAUAGGGAAUACAUUAUUGAUAUGAAUGCCUCCUUUUGGUUGUGUUAGUAGCUAUGAGAGCACAUCUUGUUUGAAUUGUUAUUAAGGACGCAAUGUUGAGAGAAUGUGACCGGAGGUGUGAAAUCUCUACAUGCACAAGCAUGUGCUGUACAUGUGCUUUUUGUGUACAUACUCGAUGGUGACACUAGCAUACCGUAACCUGUGAUUUUGCCAUGUUGUAGAUAUGUUUUUAUCUUUAUAAAGUUAUGAUGUGUCUGCAGAUUCGCAUUUGCAUUACACAUUUCUUACUCUGCCUUGUGAUCAAGAGUAGGUUUUUUUUCCCGAAAUAUUACAGCAUAAUAAACAACAAGGGCUGAAACAAGACUACAAGGACGUCUCAUCUCGUCUCAUUUUUUCCGUCUGUUUCCUGUGCUGCAGUAUUCUGAAAAAGUGCAACAACACACCCAACUCACCACUUCAAUCAAGAUUAAGCCUAAGCUUUUAUAAAAGCUUUUGUCCUUGUCAACAUGGUGUGAGAUAUGCAUUUUCACAACACGGCUCAGAUUGGCACAAAAAGAACUGCCUCUAUUGUAGAUGUGGUGUGCGAUGUACAUGUGUGCAACACAUGCAAAGAGGGACAAGAAGAAAUGGCCACAUGCACUGUGCACGUGAAUUUCUUCUAAAGCAGCAGCACUGCUACACUUAGCACACUCAGAGAAAGCUGGGAAACUGGGCAGGUGAUAUAUAUAUCUGUAAUGCAUUGUUCGUAUCAAGGUGCAAGAGUGUCCGUAGCACUGAAGUUUUACAGGGUUGCACGCUUUAGCGAUGAGAGUUGAACUACAAAGCUUGUUUUUGGGCCUUUUUGAAUCUCAAGAUAUCUUUUCUUGCUGCCCUCCCAGUAGACUGUCUGUAAAAACUGGUUUGAUAAGGGAGAACUAGAUAGCGUCCUCUGGCCACUGAACAGUGCUCGCAGUGUGUUUCUUGAUAGUAUGCUCAAUAUACCAUUGCAUUGAAGCGGCAAGUCCAGCAAUGCUUACACCAAAAUACCUCUUUCUUAUGUGUUUUCUAAUAAAAUUGUGUUCCAUGUUCAUCUUGACCACCAAACAUCUGUAGUACACCAUAUUAUUUCAUGAUCCUGUCUUAUAAUAUUUUGACAAACAGCCAAUGUUUACCGAAAAGUCUUGAUAAAUAGAAAUGGAGCUUGUAAGGAAGCUGCAUCCAUCUGUGUGAUAAAGUCUAAAUUAUUAGGCAAAUGUGUGAACAUAUGUCUUGUGUGUUAAACACUUUCCAUGUAUUUAGUUGUGGAAGUAGAAAUAAUUGCUCUGUA